CUCAUCAUAUAUAGAAAUUAUAUACGGUACGGGCACACACUGUUUACAUAUCUCCACUGAGCCAUAAGUUUCUUUUGUCUUCUUCCUCAUCGCCAUUGAAACCCUGUGGAGGAGGCUCAUUUGGGCAUGAGUCUUCCGUUUAAAUGCGUCCAGAGGGUCAUAGGACACCCCACGGUCCGACUGUGGUGCUACCGGCUCACGUUCUUCUUCUUCAUGCUGUUUUUCAUUGGGUUUUGCGCUGUUGUCCCCAUUGAUGCCAUUUCAAAGGCCUCACAGUCCUCCAACUAUGCGUUGAACACGUUUGUCGUUGUUGGUGCUCUUGUACUGUUUGGCGUGUUCAGUGCGUUCAUCACCACGACGAGGAUAUUUAUCCUUCGGAGCUCGCUGGGAGAUAUCCCCAAGAGGUAUGUUCCGCUGGACGUGGACGAUUUACCGCAUGCGUGUAUCAAGAUGAUUGAGGCCAACUUUGACAAGUGCGAGCAUAUACGGAAGAGGGCGCUGGUUGCCCCAUCGUCUGUUAAGCACGCUGGCCUGUCGAGCCCCGAUUCCGACGUGCUGCCACCGCUGUUGAGGUACGAGGAUACCAUCCGUGCCAUCGGCAUGAAGCUGAAAUGGGACAACACCUCUGUCAUGAACAACCUUGCGGUUCCCAAGAACUUGUCGUUCAGAGAGAUUGUUGCCUUUCUCGAGGAGAACAAGGAUGUCUCUAAUACAAGGGCGUGCAGGGAGUACGUUGAGCUCUAUGAAGAGCUGAGGUACUCUGGGAAGCUGAUUACCGAGGAGAAAUUCGUACGCUUCAUGGAGCUGUCUCUGGAGUUCAUCAAGGACAUCAACGAGAACAACUCGGAUAUGCCUGAUAUCGACUACAAGGCGGAGAUGGAGGAGCUCCAGUCCGUGAGAAAGAGACACACGCCUAGAAGCACUCCAAAGAACUCUGAUGACGACUCAACCAGCACCUCGAGGGACGAGGACGACGACGACGACGACGACGACGACGACGACGACAACGACAACGACGACAACAACAACGACGACGUCUACUGGCUCACACCAACAAUGACAGUAGCUCUACAUACAAACACCACUCAAUAAUACGCCAAUUCUGGCCC